AUGACUGCGCAUACCGCAGAAGAAGGGCUCACGCCCAAGCAACUCGCCUUCUUCAACGAGAAUGGCUAUCUACUGAUACCAGAUGCGCUGUCGCAAGACACGGUUAAGCAGUUGCUGGAAGACACAAACAAGAUGCUAAACGACUUCUCGCUGGACGAUCAUCCCAUGACCAAGUUCUCGACUGGCGGCGAUGACGGCGCGGAUCACGUUGGAGACAGCUACUUCUUGGAAUCAGGCGAUAAGGUACGAUUCUUCUUCGAAGAGGAUGCCUUCGACAAGUCUGGCUCGCUGACGAAACCGAAACACCGCGCCAUUAACAAGAUCGGCCACUAUCUCCACGAGCUCUCGCCUUCGUUCCGUAGUAUGUCCCUUUCUGCCCGCAAUGCCGCCAUCGCGUCCUCCCUCGGUUUCCGUGACCCUCGUGUCCUGCAAUCCAUGGUCAUCUGCAAGCAGCCCGAGAUAGGCGGUGCAGUUCCACCACAUCAAGAUAGCACCUUCUUGUAUACAGAUCCACCGAGCGCGGUUGGGUGGUGGUAUGCGCUCGAGGACGCGACACAGGAGAAUGGAUGUCUAAGCUUCGCUGCUGGGAGUCAUAAGCGUGCUGCUAUCGAGAAGAGAUUUGUACGGACGGGUAAUGGCACGGGCUUCAUCGACAAUGAGGGCGCCAAGUUCCCAACGAGCAUAAAGCAAGAAGCAAACGGCGAAAAGGAGUACGAGAUGGUGGAGAAAGAGGAAAGGUAUGACAUGGGCGAGGUCAAGGCCGGCACUCUAGUGCUCAUCCAUGGCAACAUUCUUCACAAGAGCGAAAAGAAUACCAGCAACAAGAGCCGAAAUAUUUAUACGUUCCAUGUUAUUGAGGGCGAAGAGAGGUACGACGAGAGGAAUUGGUUGCAACCGCCUGAGCAAGGAUUCUCGAGGCUGUUUGAGGGAAAGUCGGGGACAAACGGCUCGAACGGGAUGGACGCGAACAACAGACUUGCGAAGGACUGGUAG